UCGGCCGCGGGGCCGACGGUUGUGUCUCGACUGGCCGCAGCCAUGGCCGCCGCCGGGCGCUGACGGACCCAUGGAGGGUCGGGGCGGGCCUCCCGGGCCUUACCGGGCCACCAAGCUGUGGAAUGAAAUCACCACAUCUUUUCGAGCAGGAAUGCCUCUAAGAAAACACAGACAACACUUUAAAAAAUAUGGCAAUUGUUUCACAGCGGGAGAAGCCGUAGAUUGGCUUUAUGACCUAUUAAGAAAUAACAGCAAUUUUGGUCCUGAAGUUACAAGACAACAGACUGUCCAACUACUGAGAAAAUUUCUUAAGAAUCAUGUGAUUGAAGAUAUCAAAGGCAGGUGGGGAUCAGAAAAUCUUGAUGACAACAGUCAGCUGUUCAGGUUUCCUACAACUUCUCCACUUAAACCUCUCCCACGAAGACAUCCAGAAUUGAGAAAAAGCAGCAUAGAUAACUUUCCUAAAGACAAAGAUAGUACUUUUAAAUUACGAAACUUAUCUCGUAGAACUAAAAAGCAUGGAUUACAUUUCUCUCAGGAAAAUGUAGAAAAAAUAAAGGACGAAAUAAUUAAUGAAGAUCAAGAAAAUUUAGUCCAUAAUAGAGAAAUAAGCCAAGAAGAUGUUGAAGAAGUUUGGCGAUAUAUUAUUCUGAUCUACCUGCAAACCAUUUUAGGUGUGCCAUCUCUGGAAGAAUUCAUAAAUCCAAGACAAAUAAUUCCUCAGUAUGUAAUGUACAACGUGGCCAACACAAGUAGACACGGAGUGGUUGUACUGCAAGACAAAGCAGAUGACCUUCCUCACUGGGUAUUAUCUGCCAUGAAGUGCCUUGCAAAUUGGCCAAGAAGUAAUGAUGUGAAUAAUCCCACUUAUGCUGGCUUUGAACGCGAUGUAUUUAGAACAAUUGCAGAUUAUUUUCUAGAUCUCCCUGAACCUCUUCUUACCUUUGAAUACUAUGAAUUAUUUGUGAACAUUUUGGUUGUUUGUGGCUACAUCACAGUUUCAGAUAGACCCAGUGGGACACAUAAAGUCCAAGACCAUCCACAAUCUUCAAAAACCUUUCACGUAAACAAUUUGAAUUCCUUCAAAUCAACUGAGUGUCUUCUUCUCAGUCUGCUUCAUAAAGACAAAAACAAAGAAGAAUCAGAUCCCACUGAGAGACUACAGAUAAGUGGUCAAGGAUUUCAAGAAAGCUGUGCUGAGAACAUGCAGCUAGUUAAUUUAAAAAGCAGAAGAGUGAGCGCUGAUGACAUCAUGGGCGGAAGUUGUCACAAUUUAAUGGGCUUACGUAGUGUGCACGCUCUGUCCUCUAAUGCCAAACCCAGGUGCUGUUCUUUGGAAGGAAUUGUAGAUGUACCAGGGAGUUCGAGUAAAGAGACAUCCAGUGUCUUCCAUCAAUCUGUUCUGAACAUAGAAGGACAAAUUAAUAAACAUUUUUUAGAAUCUAAGCCCAAACAAGAAUUCCAAUUCAGUCUUCAUUCAGAGGAAAGUAUUCAAAAGCCAUUCAGUGCUGGCUUUAAGAGAAGCUCUGCUCUGACUGUUCAAGACCAAGAGGAGUUACAUAAUAGGAAAUGCAAGUCAAAACAGCUCUGUAGGUCUCAGAGUUUGCUUUUGAGAAGCAGUACAAGAAGAAAUAGUUAUAUCAAUAUGCCAGUGGCUGAAAUUAUCAUGAAACCAAAUCUUGGACAAGGCAGCACAAGUGUGCAAACAGCUAUGGAACGUGAACUCGGAGAGUCUCGUAUCACAGUCAAUAAAAGACUCUGCAAAAGCACAGUAGAACUCACAGAAAACGCUUCCCCUUCAGCUGCUUCUGUGUUGACUGGCACCCAAAGUUUGCUGAAACCUCACUUAGAAAGGGUCGCCAUCGACGCCCUGCAGCUAUGCUGUUUGUUACUCCCCCCACCAAAUCGUAGGAAGCUUCAGCUUUUAAUGCGUAUGAUUUCCCGAAUGAGUCAAAAUGUGGAUCUGCCUAAACUCCAUGACGCAAUGGGUACAAGGUCACUGAUGAUACACACUUUUUCUCGGUGUGUGCUGUGCUGUGCUGAAGAAGUGGAUCUUGAUGAGCUUCUGGCUGCAAGAUUAGUUUCUUUCUUAAUGGAUCAUCAUCAGGAAAUUCUUCAAGUACCCUCUUACUUACAGACUGCUGUGGAGAAACAUCUUGACUACUUAAAAAAGGGACAUAUUAAAAAUCCUGGAGACGGACAAGUCACUCCUUUGCCAGUUUACUCAUACUGUGAGCAGAUAAGUGCUCAGGAGUUUGAUGAACAGAAAGUUUCUACCUCUCAAGCUGCAAUUGCAGAACUCUUAGAAACUAUUAUUAAAAACAAGAAUUUACCUCUAAAGGAGAAAAGAAAAAAACUAAAACAGUUUCAGAAGGAAUAUCCCUUGAUAUAUCGGAAAAGAUUUCCAACUACAGAGAGCGAAGCAGCACUUUUUGGUGACAAGCCUGCAAUCAAGCAGCCAAUGUUGAACUUAAGGAAGCCGAAGUUCCGGAGUUUGAGAUACUAGUGGAGUUAAAGUCUGUUGCCCUCAGGGGGCUCUGGCGAAUGGGACUGUGUCUGAGAAUCCAGCUACUAGCAGCAAGUCCCUUACUAGCAGGGCUUUCCACAUAAACACGUUGUGUAGGGAGGUGCCAAAGUGGGUUCUCAACGUGAGGUUGCUAAGAAGCUCCUGGAUCUCCUCCUGGACCCUAACUGACCGCACACAGCAGUGGUGAUGCCAAAUGCUUCAACUGGACACCAUCUUCUGUUUUUAACAGAGCCAGAAGGAAAAGUUAUCAUGAUGUGUAGUACAAUUGUAUUUACUUGAAUUUUGAAAAUUGAGCUCUAUCCGUCAAGAUUAAGCUGUAAUUCUCUUUUUAAAAGAAGACUUACCUGUCUGUAUGCGUGCAAGUUCAUAGAUAAUCAGCCAGGGACUAGCUGUUCAGGGUCACCUCUUAGUUUCCAAGUGUAAGGAUGUGAAGAACACAAGAAAGCCCAGGGAGUUAAUCUCACCUGCUAAAUAUCGCACUCCUUUGCAUGUUUUCCUGUCUGCUUUUGAUCUAUUUAUAUAUGCAUGAAUUUUUAAAAUGUACAUAUAAGAUUUUGGUUUUGCCUUAAACAUUAUCUUAGCUGUUUCAGUCAGUCAUUUGUUCAAUAUAUUUUGAGAAUUAUUAUUUUGUUUUGUGGCAGUUUUUUUGUUUUGUUUUGGCCGGGGCCGGGUUUGAACCCCCCACCUCCGGUAUACGAGGCCAGCACCCUACUCUCUGAGCCACAGGUGCUGCCCCUUAUUCAAUAGAUUUUGAAUUCUUAUUUUCAUAAUCAACUAGAAGGUGGUGAUUUAAAAAGGAUAAGGCAAUCAUGUGUUCACUUAAAAGAUAUUUAUUUAGCACCUGCUGUGUGCCUUUCAUCAUUCCAAAUAUGUGGAGAUAAUGAUGAAUAAAACAGAAAAUAUCUUCCCUUAUUUAUUUUCUAAUCAAGGGAGAUACGCUUAUCUGAUGCUUAAAAUAACAAUACACUCACUGAAGCUGAGACACAAGGAACCCUUCGGCUGAAGACUUACUUCUGUGAUUAUGGCGUCCUCUCUAGCCUAGCAGUUUUUAACUGGUACACAUUAGAAUCACCUGGGGAGUUUUAAACAGUCUGUAUGCCCACGGACUACCUUUUUUGAUAUCUAUUCCAUAAGUGUAAAGAAAUAUAUAAUGUCUGGAAAGUAACAAACUCUUUUAAUAUUUAAUGACUUCUGAUUUUUAAAUGUAAUUUCAUAGUCUCAGCCUAUACAAUGACAAUAUUCCAUUUAAUCUUAUUUUUUAUAAACGUGGACAAAUUAUAAAUACUACCUUCAGCCCAGAAACCCUGACUAUAAAAUUAUUAGGCCAAAUUAGUAUUCUAUCUAAGGUGUUUGUAUGCAAAAACUUUUCCUGUUUGAAGGUAUGUGAUAAUGUGAAUUAUAUUACAAAUUGAGAUUAAAAAUACUGCAAGUUUGUAACAAUUUUUGUAUUUAUUGACAUUAAAUAUA